AUGGCCAAAAGCAAAAAACUCACCCGCACCGGCACCGGCGACCCCCCCUCGACCACCACCGCCCCCUCCCCCACACCGACCCCCUCCUUCCUCACCGACGGCCACCCCCUCCCGCGCCUAAUCGUCUUCGACCUCGACUACACCCUCUGGCCCUUCUACUCCGACAUCCACAUCUCGCCCCCCAUCCGCCUCGUCCCCAACGCCCACCCCCCAACCCUCUCCGACCGCAACGGCGAGCACUUCGCCCUGUACCCGGACGCGCCCCACAUCCUGCGCGUGAUCGCUUCCUUACCCAAAACCCGUCUCGCAGUCGCGAGUAAAUCCCCCGUGGGCGAUGUCUGUCGGGAGGUGUUGAAGCAGUUGCGGCUGCCGCCGGUGGGGGAAGGGGUUAGUGAGAAGGGCGCGCCGAAGAGGACGAUUGAGGCGUUUGAUGCGGGGUUGGAGAUAUAUGAGGGGACGAAGUUACGGCAUUUUGAGGUGUUGGCGAAGAGGACGGGGAUUCCGUAUAGUCAGAUGUUGUUUUUUGAUGAUGAGAGGCCGAAUUUGGAGGUGGAGAGUGUCGGGGUCACGAUGAGGUUGAUACGGGAUGGGUUGACGUGGGAGGAGCUGGAGAAGGGGAUUUUGCAGUGGAGGGGGAAUCAGGGGAUUGCGUGA